AUGCCAAACGACCGUGUGAAGCUACCGUCGCCUGGUGAAGUGUCUCGGGAAUUUCCUGCGGCUGCUGUCGAGUCUACCAUAGCUCGAUACUCGGGAGGCUGCUCAUCGAAGAAGAAGAACAGUAACUGUGCUAAGAAAAAGGAUCCGUGCAAGAAACCUGAGCCGUGCAAGCCAGCUCCCUGCCCAAAACCUGAUCCGUGCAAGAAACCACCGCCUUGUCCUCCAAAACCACCUCCGUGUCCCAAACCUGAUCCAUGCAAGAAACCAGAUCCAUGUCCAAAACCAGAUCCCUGUGCAAAACCAGAUCCCUGUCCAAAACCUGAUCCUUGCAAGAAACCAGACCCUUGUCCUCCAAAACCAUCUCCAUGUCCAAAACCAGAUCCCUGUCCAAAACCAGAUCCUUGUCCAAAACCAGAUCCCUGUCCAAAACCUGAUCCAUGCAAGAAACCAGAUCCCUGUCCAAAACCUGAUCCAUGCAAGAAACCAGAUCCCUGUCCAAAACCUGAUCCUUGCAAGAAACCAGAUCCCUGCCCAAAACCUGAUCCAUGCAAGAAACCAGAUCCUUGUCCCAAACCAGAUCCCUGUCCAAAACCUGAUCCAUGCAAUCCUUGUCCAAAACCUGACCCAUGCAAGAAACCUGAUCCCUGCCCAAAACCAGAUCCCUGUCCAAAACCAGAUCCCUGUCCAAAACCUAAUCCAUGUCCAAAGUGUUAG